UUUUUGGAUAUUGGCAGCUCUCUUGCCACUUUGCUUGAUACAAAUGUAUUAAGCGAUGUAACAAUCGUAUCUGCCGAUAAUCAAGAGAUACCAGCGCAUAAAAAUAUUUUGUCAGCACGCUCCAAAGUCUUUGCGGCCAUGUUCAGUCAUCAGUUGGAAGAGUCGAAGCUGAAUCGGGUGGAGAUAGCCGAUUUCGAUGCGGAUGUAAUCAAAGAAAUGCUUCAAUUUAUUUACACUGGCACAUCACCUAAUUUGGAUAAAUAUAAUGGACGGCUGUUGGCCAUUGCUGAUAAAUACGAGCUCUCUAGACUUAAAUAUAGCUGCGCAAACUCGCUCAUCAGGAAUAUUAACAUAGAGAAUGCUGGGACUGCUUUAGCUUUGGCCGAACUGCACAGUUCAAAAAAACUUUUUGAUGUCGCUGUCGAAUUUAUUAAAUCAAAUGAAAAGUCUAUUAUAGCGACUGAAAGUUGGAAGAAUGUUAGCGAAACUAAUGGAGCGCUAGUACAAAAAUAUUUACUAGCAAAGUAUGAAAUUUGCGUAGAAAUUACCAGAAAAAGAAAAAGAAGUGUAUGAGAU